UCCAAUAAUACCCGAGGAUAAUCGACUCAGGGUCAUCUUUUGUGUGGGACCUGUACAUCUAUGAAUAACGGUAAACUAUACUGCCUGCAAUCUGCAGGCGCUGUUGGUAGUUUCAUCCGCCCUGUGUUUCACCAAGGCCGGCUUGUCCCUGAAAAGCACUGAAGACAAAGGAAGCUACACUACAUCCACCGUGCUGGAAGGAGCCUCUGAUUUUGCUAUGGCGCUUUCUUUGGUUUUACUGGCCUUCAUUGUGUGGCGACGUUGGCGCCGAUGCCUGCCAUCGUCAGGCUUUGUAGCGGCGCUGUUGGGCCUUUUAUCAACAGCCUGCGUGUUGGAAGCCUUCCAGAAGUUCACGGCAGUGGUUCACCAAGAGGGAAUCAUUCUGUCAUCCAAUGAACUUCUGGAGCGAUCCAUCAUUGUCUGUUUCACUGUCGCGGUGGCAGUGGCCUGGAACUUCGUUGCGUCUGAACUUCAAGACUUAGUCAUCAGAAGGCCAACUGCCUCUGUGAAAGCGUUGGAUGAAGAUUCAUCAUCGCUGCUUGCGCGCCAAGCCUGCACAAUACUGCUUCCGCUUUUCAAAGACGUGAUUCGGAAUGGAGUUUCAGCAACGGCUCGGAUAACUGCGCUCCCGAGAGGAAUACGAUGCAAAGGACUCCUCCAGGCUGCCACGGCACGACUCACCUCACGUAAAAUUGCUCCUAGGAGUCGGGGUUCAUUCAUGUUCGUCCUGCUGAAGGUUUUGUGGGUGGAUGUCCUGCGGGUUGUAUUGGCCGUCGUUGGCUACUACGCCUGCGUGUUCGCAAGAAUCCCCGCUCUCGA